GCGCGGCCCGCCGCUCGCCAUGAGGGCAGCGCUCGCUCCCGGUAUCCGCCUGCUGCGUGCCGUGCCCCGGGACAGCCGCUACCGUGGACUGACGCUAGUGCUGACCUUCCUCUCCUACACCAGCUACCACCUCUCCCGAAAACCCAUCAGCAUCGUCAAGAGCCAGCUGCACCUCAACUGUUCGGCACUGGGCACCAACCCCCACAACGACUCCAACAGCACCACAUGGUGCAGCUGGGCGCCCUUCGAUCAGGACAACUACAAUGAGCUUUUUGGUGCUCUGGACAAUGCCUUCCUUGUGGCGUAUGCCAUCGGGAUGUUCAUCAGUGGCAUUUUUGGGGAGCGGCUGCCGCUGCGGUACUACCUGUCAGUGGGCAUGGUGCUGAGUGGGAUCUUCACAGCACUCUUUGGCUUUGGCUACUUCUGGAACAUCCACGUCCUGUGGUACUUCAUUGUUGUGCAGGUGUGCAAUGGGCUGGCACAGACGACCGGCUGGCCCGCAGUCGUGGCAUGCGUCGGGAACUGGUUUGGGAAGGGGAAGAGGGGUCUGAUCAUGGGCAUCUGGAACUCACACACCUCCGUGGGCAAUAUCCUGGGCUCUCUCAUCGCGGGCGUCUGGGUGUCCUCUGACUGGGGCUUGUCCUUCAUCGUGCCCGGCAUAAUCAUCGCUGUCAUAGGCAUUGUCUGCUUCUUCUUCCUUGUGGAGCGUCCUGAGGACGUUGGCUGCAGCCCCCCCCCAGAUGCAUCAGAUGAGAAGGAUCCCGAAGGGGUGACCUCUGAGGACUGCAGCAGCACUGACUCCAAAAAGCUGGCUGAGGAGCUUGAAGCCAUCAGCUUCCUCGGGGCGCUCUGGAUCCCCGGUGUAGUGGAGUUCUCCCUUUGCCUACUCUUUGCCAAGCUGGUGAGCUACACCUUCCUCUACUGGCUGCCACUUUACAUCGUGAAUGUUGCUCAUUUUGGUGCCAAGGAAGCUGGAGACCUGUCCACCCUCUUUGAUGUUGGCGGUAUUUUAGGCGGGAUCUUUGCUGGCCUCAUUUCUGACUACACUGGUGGCCGGGCCACCACGUGCUGCGUGAUGCUGGUGGUGGCUGCUCCCAUGCUGUUCCUGUACAACUACAUUGGACAGAAUGGCAUUGGCACGUCUAUAGCAAUGCUGAUCGUCUGCGGUGCGCUGGUGAACGGCCCCUAUGCACUCAUCACCACGGCAGUGUCAGCAGAUUUGGGAACCCAUGAGUCCCUCAAAGGAAACGCAAGAGCUCUCUCCACCGUCACAGCCAUCAUCGACGGCACGGGAUCCAUAGGUGCUGCUCUGGGGCCUCUCCUGGCAGGGCUUAUCUCCCCCACCGGCUGGAAUAAUGUAUUCUACAUGCUGAUAGCAGCUGAUGUCUUGGCUUGCCUGCUCCUUGCUCGUGUGGUGGUCAAAGAGGUGCGCGCAUGCUAUGGCUGCAUGGCGAGGACGAGAGGCUCUAGUGUGCAGCUCACAGAGUCAGUGCUGGAUGGGAAGUAGCUCGGUGUGAGGAGCAGCGUCGGUCCUCCUGGCGGUUCAAGCGGUUCUGACGCGCCCUCGCCAGCCGUCCCGCGCUGCCGAAGGGUGAAGGCACGCGGCCACCGCGCCGCCAUGUCACCGUGCCACCGCGCCAGCCCCGGGCCUGUCCCGCCACCAUUUUGUCUCGGUGGGAGGAGGAGGCGGCCAGCAGCAGCGGACAGUGUUGGGGCCAGUUCUGCGCCAUCGGCUGUUUUAUUAAUAAAAAGGUGC